GGUUAAUUUUUUUUUGUUUGUAUGAGAAGCACAGAAGCGGUGGCUCCGAGCCGGCGAAUCUCCCUCUCUCCUCCGUAGAAUUUUCAUGUCCAUCUUGUCUCCUCCGCAAUCUGAAGGUCCCAAGUCGUCGUUCUCAUCUCCAGAUCCAUCUCUAAACCCUGUCUCUGAGUAUGGCAGCGCCUCUUCUUCUCCUUCCCGGAUCUCCUCCGAAAUCGGAUCUCUCGGCCUCGCCGGACCUCCUUCUCCCUCGGCUUUCUCCUUUGGCUCUCCGGACACGAUGGUUUCCGCAGGGGAAGAUAUCCGUGGAUCUUCCAAAGAGGUGACCGGAAUUGGCACAGGGAUGGAGACCUUUUCCCGCCAGGGUGCAGACAGACAUCACGACCAUCCUCGAUCAGAUGGUCGACGGAAUAGAUCCAGAGGGAGAACUCAUGGUUUUUCUCGAGGUCAGCAUAAUACAGGACCUUCCAAUUCUCCUACAAGUGCUUCACGUCACAAUCCGACCGGUAGAAGAGCCAAUACAAUCAGCGGGAACCAUUUACUGAAUUUUCACUAUGAUCCCAUUUCAUCGCCUCAGACCAGGGCUCCUCCUCAACCUCAAAGAAGGCCAUACAAGAGAAGACCUUAUAACAAGGAUUUGUUUCUUCAGGCCAAUUACAAGUUUGUUGUGUUGGACACAGGAGAUCAUUCCCCUGAGUCAAUGGACCCUGAUAAAAUGCUGCAGUGGGACGAUAUAAUUUGUGUCCGGUAUUCCACCCCAUCUCCUGUGCAAUGCCCAAUCUGCUUGGAGUAUCCUUUGUGUCCACAGAUUACCUCUUGUGGGCAUAUCUUCUGUUUCCCAUGUAUUCUUCAGUACCUGUUGAUGGGUGUGGACGAUCACAAGAUAGAAUGCUUCAAGAGGUGCCCCUUAUGCUUUGUGAUGGUGUCUCCAAAAGAUUUAUACACCCUUUAUAUUGAAAAUGUCAAGCAAUACUCUGUUGGAGAUGUGAUAGAAUUUGUACUUCUGACUCGUAAGAAAGAGUCAUUUGCUCCAACACGAAAAGCUGAGGAUGACGUACAGGUGUCCUUGUCUAAUUGUGAAAAUGGAAUAUAUGAUCCAUUUUCAAAGUUCACUUUCACCACAGAUGUUGAUCUCUCCGUUAGACAAGCAGUUUCAGAGUUAGAUGGCUGGAUUGCAAGAGCAGAUUCAGGGCUUGUUGAUGAUUUGGAGAAGCUUCCAUAUGUAAGUGCUGCUCUGGAGCAUUUGGAGCAGAGGAAAAAGUACUGGAAUGAGCACAGGCUCUCUAAUUUUAGCAAACCUAGCACGAAGGCUAGAAAUCAGAUGCAGUCUGUCUCACCUGCUAAUGUUUCUCAAGUUGGCAAUCAUGUACCCGUCCAGGGGCAUGGAACAACAGCUAGCUGUUCCAAUAAGCUAAACAAAUCAUCAGUGGAGAAGUCCGAUGGUGAAUCUAGCUUGGACAAGAGUGGUGAUGAUGGCGACCAUCGGAUAGAAGACCGGGAGAUCCUUUUAUCUUCAUCCUGCAAUGGGAACAAAGGCCUCCUGAUGCACCAAAAUGUUGCUGGAGAUCCAAAGGAUAGGGACUCGUACAAUUUUUAUCAGUCUGUUGAUGGUCAGCAUAUCGUCCUUCACUCAUUAAAUAUGAAGUGCCUUAUCCAUCAUUAUGGCAGCUAUGAUUUACUUCCACCAAGAGUAAGAGGAAAGAUAUUGGAGUUGGAAACCGUUACCCAAUCGGAGGGAAUGAGGAGGCGCUACCGAUUCUUGAGUCAUUUUUCUUUGACUACUACAUUCCUGAUAUGUGAAAUUGACAUGCGAGAAUCCUUGCCUCCCAAUGCCUUUGCUCCGUUUUUGGAUGAAAUCAAGAAGCGUGAGAAGCAGAGGAAAGACCGUGCAAGAAAGGAACGGAAAGAGAAAGUCAAGGCUGAAGUAGCUGCUGCUGCAGAGCUUGCACCUCUGGUGACUAGUUUUGGGCAGUCCUCUCGUAACGACUUUCCUCCAUUCUCCUUGGAUGACUUUGAAGCCCUUGGAAAUGCUGCCCCUGUUUCAUCAAGCCCUCCAAACACUGGGGAGAGGAGUUCAUUCUCAAAUGUGACAAGGCUUGGUUUUGCAGCUGGCCAUGACUCCCCUGGCCUGAUAAACUUGCCCACGAGCAUCCAAAACAAUUCCAUUCAAGUUGCAAACACAGUCAUAGGUUCAAGAAAUCCCGGGGUAAUGUCAUUUGCAAGUGCGAUAUCGAGGACACCAGUCACUGAGACUGUCAAAGAGGCCGGGAAGAGAGGGAAGAAACCGGCCCGAGUGCUCCUAUCAACAUCCAGUGUUCGAAGAUACUGAAAGAUAAGUGCUUUAUCGAAACGCGUUGUUUUAUAAAAGUAGCCUCCUCGGAAACAGAUCUCACUUGAGAAGAAACCAAGCCAAGAGGCAUUAGUGUUUGGGUUUGUGUUAGAAAAAACAGUGUGUUUGGGUUUGGACCAAAUCUUUGGUUCGUAUGGAAUGAUUUAUCGCUGUGGUGAACUGAAUGUAAAAUAAUGCAAGGGGGACCUGUUACCAUUGAUGUGGCUUCAGGACAAA